UCUUGCAUAUCCACCAAACCCUAAAAGAAAAAAAAAAGUACAAAACUCAAAUGGGAAACACUUUAGGAGCCAAAAAAACCGUCAAGAUCAUGAAAAUAACUGGCGAAACCCUAAAGUUAAAGACACCGGUGAAUGCCGGAGAAGUCGUUAAAAAUUAUCCCGGCCAUGUUCUGUUAGAUUCCGAAGCGGUUAAGCAUUACGGAACUAGGGCAAAACCGUUAGAGCAACAUCAAGAAUUGGCAGCAAAACGGCUAUAUUUUCUCGUAGAAUUGCCAAAGCCGCCGACCGAGAAAGUUCCGAGGAGGGUUCAGUCGGGGAUAAACAUGAGCGCUAAAGAUCGGCUCGAGAACCUAAUGCUGGCUCGACGAUCAGUGUCUGAUCUGAGUAUAAUGAAAAAAUGUUGCCCGUCUUCUUCGAGCAUUGUGCCGGCGGAGGAGAAUGAUGAGGCGGAGAAAAAUGGUGCGACGAGAGUGAAAAUGAGGUUACCGAAGGCGGAAGUUGAGAGGUUGGUGAAAGAAAGCAAAGACGACGGUGAAAUAGCGGCGAGGAUUAUGGAUCUUUGCAUGGCGAAAAAUAAUGCAAAUAAUGGGAAAUUAAUUAUGAAUAAUGAAGUUGUAGCGGAAAAUAAAUGGAAGAGUGGUAGUAAUAAUUAUCAUCAGACGAUUACUACAGGCGUCAAGGCACGUGAGAAACGUCGAGUGAGUUUCCUGGGAGUAGGCGAGGCAGAGAUGCGAAUAGCUGCGGCUUCUUAAUUAUUACAAAAAUAUAUAGAAAUGAAAAUGCUUUCUGGUUUCAUGUUUUGUACAUAAAGAGUUAGAGAGUUAUUUCACUUUUUGUAGUAACCUUUUGUAUUAUGGUUACUUAGUUUUUUUCAUCAUUAUCUAUCCAUCUUUCUUUCCACCAAAUAUAAAGUUUAUCGUCUUUUCUUGUCUAA